AUGACCGUUCUCGCAAAGUCAUCUGCCCAAUUGAGUUCCGAGCCUGUUCGCUCGCUGUACGAGCAGCUCUGUACUCGUGUUAAAGAUGUCUCCUAUCUUCAGGGGGUUGCUGGCCUUCUUCACUGGGACCAAGAGGUUAUGAUGCCUUCCAAGGCUGGUGACGUCCGUGCUAAACAGCUCAGCGCCAUUGCUGGUCUGAUUCAUGAGGCAGCCACUUCACCCGCCUUGGGAUCCAUCCUCGAAGAGCUCCAGAACCGCAAAGUCUCAGGAGAUCUGGCCAAGGAGCUGAACAAUUAUGAACUAGCCAACGUCCGCCUGGCUUCCAAAGCCUAUAAGGAAGCGACGGUCUUGCCCUCUGAACACGUCAAAGAGAACGCUGCUUUGGAUUCUAAGGCUGUUGCUGCCUGGGCAGAGGUUCGUAAGGAAUCUGAUUUUUCAAAGUUUGCUCCCUUCCUUGAGGAUCAGGUUAGGAUCGUCCGCCAGAGAGUGACCUACAAGCUGAAGGGUGGCGUCUGUGAAGAGGCUCGAAAGAUCAACGAGAAGGCUCGCACUAGUUUGGGCCUCAAAGAGAGUGAUGAAUGCUACAAAGGAUACUACCAGGCUUUGCUCAAUGACUAUGAGACUGGAUUCAAGGACGAGCAUUUGCAGGCCCUAUUUUCUGACCUGAAGAAAAGCCUAGUUCCUUUAAUUGCAAAGAUCAGGGCCAAGAAUUUUCAACAUGACAACAGCUUUAUUCAGGGUGAGUGGGAUGUCAAGAAGCAGGCCGAGUUUUCUCAUCGUAUCGCCAAGGAGAUCGGCUUUGAUACGGAGGCCGGUCGCCUCGACGUCUCCACUCAUCCCUUCACUGGAGGUGCUCAUCCUACCGAUGUUCGAAUGACCACUCGUUAUACAGCUGAUUACUUUCAGGAGGGUAUCUCUGGUACUAUCCAUGAAACAGGCCAUUCUCUGUACGAGCAAGGACGCAAUUUGGAUUACGACGGACUACCUGUUUCCCAGGCUCUUUCUUUGGGCAUCCACGAGUCGCAGUCUCUUCUCUGGGAGCGUAUGGUCGGUUUAAGUGAGCCAUUCUGGACCUAUGUCCUUCCUCUUCUCAAGGAACAGUUUCAAGAGCCCUCUCAUGAGAAUCUUCAAUCGAUUACCCCUCAUCAGUUCUAUAAUGCUUUCAACCGGGUUGAACCAGGUUUUAUCCGCAUUGAAGCUGAUGAAGUAACCUAUCCUAUGCACAUUAUUCUCCGCUACGAAAUCGAAAAGGCUUUGGUUGAGGGCGAUAUUACCGUUGCAGAAGUCCCCCGCGUUUGGAACGCCAAAAUGAAAGAGUAUCUUGAUUUGGAAGUGAAGGAGGAUCGUCUUGGAUGCUUGCAGGAUACUCACUGGGCUGUCGGCCUUAUCGGCUACUUCCCCACUUACACUCUGGGAUCAAUUUACGCUGUUCAGAUCUUCAAUGCCGCUAAACAGGCCAUCCCCGACUUGGAUGAGCAUCUGGUCAAGGGCGAGUUUCAUGUGCUGAAGAAGUGGUUGAAUGAGAACAUUCACCGCCAAGGAUCGUUGAAAGAAUCAGGAGAUGAUUUGAUUCGCGAGUUGACUGGCAAGCCUUUGGACAGCAAUCUUUAUGUUCAAUAUUUGACUGACAAGUACACCAAGAUCUACGAUCUUUAA